AUGACAUCAAAAAUUUGAAAUCAUCAAAUGGGGAUAAAGUUUGAUAGAACCAUUUUUUAAAUUAACGACGAUAAAGAAGUGUUGCAUAAUUAUUCUGCCGAGAGAGGAUGAAAAUAUCUCGCUAGAUCCGAAUGAUGGCAGGCGGAAAUAAUUACUCGCCUCGGUAGCAGCCAACCGAAGGCAAUAACUGAAGAGCCAGAAGACAAUCGCAGCGAGUCUUUUCUAAGUCGGUGCACAGUGAAGACGGAGGAAACCAUCAAGGUCAGUGAGAUCAAGUUCGCAUGGUUAGAAAGACCCUUAAUUCGGAGGAUGGACCAAUUAGAAGUGGAUAAACACGAAUUUUUUUUUAUCCGUGACCUUCAUGUCAAAACGUCUCAUUUAAUGUAUAGAUUAAACAAAUAUAUUAGCCUCUUGUUCUGAGGAUUGUUGAAUAUACUCGAAACCGGUCUUCUUCUGUACGAACAAUGUAUGCAUUCUUGCUGAUGAUCGCAUGACUAAUUUCAUCGCAUAAGACAUGCAUGGAAGAACAUUGAAUGCUACGUUGUUUCUGUGCAAAUAUUGUCAUUCAGUAUAAAAAAAAGUGUGUUGUGAAUGUGAAGCCGAGUUGCCUUGUCUUCAGAUAUGUUUGUUUUCAAUAUUAGUUCUUCCGGAUGGAAGAGAUGUCGUCAGACUUUGGCAGCCGUAAUCGCGAACUUGUCGACAGUCGCAGCUGGAAUGCUCUCAGCAUGGACUUCCCCAAUAAUUCCACAGCUGAUGAAAGAAAAUACUCCAGUUGGUACAAAGCCGAUGAAUGAUCAUGAAAUAUCCUGGUUGUCCUCGGUAACCGGUCUUGCUUCACUAGUUGCUCUCCUGUUCUACGCAUUCUUAGCUGGAAAAACCAGUAAUAAAAUACUGGGAUGGGUCUCGGCAGUAUCAGCAACUGUCAGUUGGCUGCUCAUAUACUUUGCCAAAAAUUUCUACUACCUUCUGAUCGCUCGCAUUUUUGCCGGAGUUGUCUGUGGACUGACGUUCUCCAUGACACCAGUCUACGUGUCCCAAAUUGCUCAGGACUCUAUAAGAGGGCAGCUGGGGAGCCUUCUCUGCUUUGGCUUCAAUGUGGGCAAUCUUGCCUCGGCAAUUCUUGGGGCACAGCUGUCUUAUCACAAUUUUGCUCUAUGUGGGACUGUCAUACCUCUUAUCUUUAUCGCGGGAUUCAUAUCCCUACCUGAAUCUCCAAUGUAUCUUCUGAGAAAGGGGCAUAUCGACGGGGCUACAAGAUCUCUACUGUGGCUGAGAAAUAAUGACAAAGAGGAAGUGGAUAAUGAAUUAAUCCAACUGCAGAAAUACGUCACGUCUCACAGUAGGAAAACCACUGGGUUGAAGGAGUUAUUUAGAAAUCCGGGGACAAUCAAAGCACUGAUUAUAUCGGUUACUCUAUUUGCUGGCCAGCAUACUUCUGGAUAUGCAAUCAUGAUUACGUAUACGACAACGAUAUUCGAACUUGCCAACACAUCGGUCGACCCCUACAUCGCGUCUGUAGUCAUGUCAGUGAUACAAAUCAUUGGAUCCUGGAUAUCGACGUUGACGAUAGACCGUUUCGGAAGAAGAAAGCUGGUCUUAGCGUCUUGCGCAGGAAUAAUUAUGAGUCACGUUGUUUUCGGAAUUAUGUACGUAUUUCAGCAUCACAAAUAUGAUUUGUCAUCGAUUUCUUGGGUUCCUGUCGUAACAAUGUCAGCCUAUGCACUGGUCUACUCAGCAGGACUUGGUCCUUCAACAUCUGUCGUAUGCUCAGAGAUUUUCAGUCCAGAUAUCGUGAGUUUAGGUCUUUCAGUUGCUCUGUCAACUGAGUUCAUCUCAAAUUUUUGUACUACCCUGGCUUUUCCACUAUUCACUGCAAAGUUUGGCAUUCAUGUAAGUUUUUUCGUUCUCGCAUUCUUCGCUGCUGUUACUCUGACAAUCAUAUUUUUUCUUCUACCUGAGACUAAAGGGAAAACAAAGUCGGAUAUUUUUGCCGAGUUGAAUGGAUCAAGAAAAGCAACUGAGCAUGCAGCCGUGGUUCUUAAUGAAAAAGGAUUGAAUUCAAUUUCAUUGAUGCAGCCCUUUUCUGCAGGGAAAUCAGUCAAUUCUAUCACCUAGUCAUGGCAUUUCCUCAUUUCCCUUUUCUCAUAACUAAGGAAUAGAAAUAGUGGAGUACAAGUUACUCGAGAGUGUGCAAUCAAUGUACAAUCAGCGUCUUAAUAAAACCAACCAAUGAAUAUCAAUCAA